CCGGAAGUAGAACGUUCUAGUGACGUCACGUUCCACAACUACAAACCUGCUGGCGGGAGCGGGGAGCACGUCUGGAAGUAAUGCAGCAGAGAAUGAAACAAGACUCAACUAGGAAAGCUACAUAUACAGUGGACUGUGAAGACUUUGUACAUGUAGUGGAAUUUAAUCCUUUUGAUUCUGGGGGUGUCGAAUCCUUAAUAGCCUAUGGUGGCAACAAUUAUGUAGUUAUCGCAUCUUGCCGAUUUCAGGAAGAAGAUUCAAGUGUAAACGGUAUAGAAUUCAAGAUUCUCAAAACAUUUCAUCAUGGAGAAAGAGUCGAUGCCAUAGCCUGGAGUCCAGAAACUAAGUGUGAUGCUUUACCUCCCCUUCUAAGAUUUUGUACGGCAGCAGGAGAUAAAACAUUAAGGCUUUUCACUUCCGAUUUCCAUGACCAAAACGAAUACACGGUCCUGCAGGGUCAUGCUAGCUACAUCAAUGAUGUGGUGUUCUCGUCUUACGAAGGAAAUGAGAUUGCAAGUGUCAGUGAUGAUCACACAUGCAGAAUUUGGGAUUUAACUGGUAACCAAAUUGCAAUGUUUAUGCUGCGUUCCCCUGGGAUGAGUGUGGUUUGGCAUCCACUAGAAGCUUACAAGUUGAUGGUAGCAGAGAAGAGUGGUAUAAUACGUAUCUAUGAUUUGAUUCGACGUCAAGCCAUUCUGUCGCUUGAGUCCUUGCAGGUGCCCCUCAUGUCUGCAGACUGGUGCUUACAAAAUACAUUCAGAGUAGGAGCAGUUGCAGCUAAUGACUGGAUAAUUUGGGAGAUGCCACGUUCCAGCUACCCUCAAGAUAAUAAGCCUGUACAUGCCGACAGAGCGAGAUGCUUCAAGUGGUCCAAAUGCAAUGAAAACCUAUUUGCGACUACUGGAUGUCCAGGAAAGAUGAAUACUCAACUUCUUAUCCAUCAUUUAGGACACCCACAUCCCAUCCUCAUUGGCUCAGCUCCAGUGAGUUCUGGACUCAGCUGGCACCGGUCCCUACCUCUCUGUGCUGUUGGAGGAUACCGAAAGCUUUUCUUCUGGGUUACCGAAAUGUGAUUGUACAUAAAGUAUUAAUCCCUUAAGGGAAAAGGGACAUUUUACAGUUGUGCUCUCUGUUAUUUAGUGGGAGCUUGUCCUGCUGAACUUGCUGUCUGACUGCAGGCUGCUUGUUAAAGAGGAGCUGAGCAAAUUGAUAUAUAAUUUUGUAGUAAAAUAUUCAGUAUAACUUGCAAUUUGUUGAUUUAGUAAGCUCAGCAGGUGAGUGAGUGACAAUCUUACCUGCAUCAGUGUGCAUAUGGAUAACUGUUUAUCACAGAGUUGGACCACCCUACUGGAGUCCUGAGGCUGUGGUUAGCUGAGAGUUAAAUCAAUAAAUUACAAGACUUUUUUUUUUUUUUCAAGACAAGUGUGUCUAGCAUGUGGUGAUAUACAUUAAUAUACUGUAUAUUAUUUUUACAUCAAAAACAGGAGAAUGAGAAAAAAAAUGUAAAAAA